AUGGCUAUAUAUAGGCGUGAUCUGUCUUCUCAAAGCUGCACACCAAAUCUCACAUAUAGCUCUAGCAACCAAAGAGUACUAGGUACUAUUGCUCUGUCUCAGUCUUCGAUCUCUUCAAAUAUGGCUUCAACUGGCGUUGUGAAAGCCGGAUACUGGCAUUGCGACAGUGCAUUCCUGGUGUCCGACAUAAAAUCCUCCCUUUUCACCCAUCUUUUUGCCGCCUUUGCGGAUGUCAACCCCAUUACUUACCAAGUUACCUUUCCUACCCUACACAAGCUCCAGUUUGAAACCUUCACCAGUACUGUGCAAAUAAAAAACCCUGAUGUUAAAACCCUUUUAUCCAUUGGUGGUGGGGCUCCUGGCGUAUCUUCGACCUUAGCUUCAAUGGCUAGUAAGCAAGAAAACCGUGAAAUAUUCAUAGUUUCCUCCAUAACUCUAGCCAGGGAAAACAACUUCCAUGGUCUUUGCCUCAGCUGGCAGUACCCCUCCACGGCCGUGGAAAUGACCAAUCUUCAGUCGCUCCUCAAGGAAUGGCGAGCAGCCGUGGAAAUUGAGGCCCGGACGACCACCAAGGCUCGGUUGCUUCUAACCGCAGAGGUAUUUCACUCGCCGGAUAUCUGCUCGGCAGGAGCGCGUUAUCCCUGUAAGGCUAUUUCAAACUACUUGGACUGGAUCCGCGUAUUGGCCUAUAACUUCUACACCGCCGCCUCGUCACCCAACGAGACUGCACCCCCUGCACCGUUGAGAAACAAGAGAGACGUAUCACUUUGUGUGGAAGCAAGCAUCGAUACAUGGAUUAGGGCCGGUGUGCAUGCUAAAAAAUUGGUCCUAGGGCUUCCCUUUUUUGGCUGGGCAUGGAUUCUGAUUGAUCCAUCGCAACAUGGUUUAUUUGCACCAGCGCAUGGACUGGCCGUCGUACAGCAUAAAUCUGUCGAUGGAUCCGUUCCUUUUGCCGGAGUCAAGAAAUUCUAG